AUGACUUGUGAUAUUAUAAGCUUUAUCUAUUACUAAUACAAAAUUAAUCAACGAAAUCAAUAUAUUGGGCUUAAGAAUUCUCGAAAUGCUUGCCAAAAUUAUAGUAAUAUUAAUUAUAAAAUAUUAAUGAAAGCAAUUUAUAAAUUUUCCACAAUUAAACCUUUAAUAGUUUCUGGCCCGAGUGGAGUUGGCAAAGGAUCAUUAGUCACCAGAUUACUAUAAAAUAGCCAAAGCUUUGUUUACAGUGUGAGUCUGACUACUAGAAAACCAAGACCAAAUGAGUAGAAUGGCGUCAAUUAUCAUUUUGUAAACAAAGAUGUCUUUGAGGAAAAUAUCAAAAAUAAUGAGUUUCUAGAGGUUUGUGAAGUUCAUGGAAAUCUAUAUGGCACUGCUAAAAAUCAAAUAAACGAUAUCAUUAAAUAAAAUAAAAUACCUCUUAUAGAGAUAGAUGUUUAAGGAGCUGAAAAAAUAAAUAGAUAAUUGAAUAACUAAUGCGUAAACAUAUUUAUACUACCACCAUCUAUCAGCAUUCUUAGAGAAAGAUUAAUUGGAAGAAAAACUGAAACAUCUGAUGUUGUGGAGAAGAGAAUCAAGAACGCAGAAACUGAAAUUGAAAAAGCUAAAUCUUUUUAAUUUUAUCAUUUCAUUGUUAAUGAUAAUUUUGAAACAUGUUAUAAAGAGCUCCUUGAAUUUGUAAACAAAAAGUAUUAAAACCUCUGAUUAUUAUCAAUCAAUUAUUAAUAUGAAAAUAAUUAUUG